UCUUAUAUAUAUAUAUAUAUAUAUAUAUAUUCUCUCUUUCAUUCUUAGACAGAAAAUGGCCAUGAGUGUAGAUCAUGAUGAAGGUGUUCAUUUGGGUUUGGUGUGGGAAAAUGAGGCAGUGGAUCUCACAAAUUCUGAUACCUCAGGUGAGAGUAGCAAACAGAAGUUAGAAAUGAAAGCAAUGAGAGAGAAAGAAGGAAUUAAGAAGCGAAGUGAUGGUGAAGGGAAAGAUGGUAAGUAUCGUGAUUCUGAUCAUGAAAUACAUAUAUGGACUGAGAGAGAAAGGAGAAAGAAAAUGAGGAACAUGUUCUCUGGCCUUCAUGCUUUGCUUCCUCAGCUUCCUUCUAAGGCUGAUAAGUCAACCAUUGUGGAUGCAGCAGUGAAGCACAUAAAAAAUCUACAACAAACUUUGGAAAAGCUAGAAAAGGAGAAAGAAAAAAGGCUCAAAUCUGUGUCCUCAUUUGGGAGUGAAUCAUCUAUAAUCAACUCUCAUUGGCAUCCCUAUGAGUCAAGGGAAGCAAUCAUAGCUGAUCAAGGAUCCUCAAAUUAUAACUUUCCUUCAAAUGCAAUUGUAACUUCAAAUCCUUCAAAUGCAUUUUCAACACCUCCACCACAAGUAGCCUUUCAAACAUGGUCUUCUCAAAAUGUUGUGUUGAACAUUUGUGGAGGUGAAGCACAAUUUUGCAUUUGUGCAACUAAGAAGCCAGGACUAAUGACCACAAUUGCUUUUGUGUUGGAGAAACAUAGGAUUGAUGUUAUAUCUGCCAACAUUGUGUGCAAUGGAAAUGGAAACUUCUACAUGAUUCUAGCUCAUGCGAAACAAGCUUCUCAUCAGUUGCAAGAUGCAAAUUCAAUGGAGGAAACAUACAAGCAAGCGGCUGGAGAAAUUAUGAUAUUGAUAUCAUAAGAUUUUGAUGAUAGAACUUGUCUUACCAUCUCGUAUAAUUUUUAUUUUUCCCCGAAAACAAUUAGAAAUGGCCAAACUUGGAUGGUCCUAAGAGCAAACGGGUACAAUCUUUCGUUUUUAUGGCGUUCGAACUAUUUUACAGCCUUAUGUGUUUGCUUUUCUAAUAUAAACAAGUUUAUUUAAAUUAAUUAUUAA